GUCAAAUGUAGAAACCAAUCGAUCACCCUUUGUUCGAAUUUUUAAAGGAGAAACGGUUUCUUUCAAAACUGGAGAAGAAGAAGAAGAAGAAACGCCAUCGAAACCAGUCAAGUGUUGACGAUGAAUUCUUCAUUGAAGCUGUUCGGAUCGUACAGUCUUCCCGAAGAGAUGACCUCCUCAUGCCGGUUAUCAGAUCCUUGCGAUCCUCACAAAUUACGCAUUCGAUUAGGCACUUUCCUUCCUCCCUAUGGCUGCUCCACCUGUGGAAAGUCAGAUUCCUACGUUUCCUGCGACUAUCAUCUCUAUUGCGAGUCCUGCGAUCUCCAGUUUCAUGAAUGGUGUCACCGGUCGCCGCGCAAGUUAAGGCACCCUUUCCACAUCCAGCAUCCCCUCACUUCCACACGCCUAAGAUCUGAAACCCUAGUCACCGACGGCGAUAAAUGCGACUGGUGUGGACAAGAUCUCGGAUCGUUCUUUUAUCGCUGCUCUGUUUGUACCUUCAGCUUGGAUUCCCGUUGUGCGUGGAAAUAUCCGUUUGUUACCAUCACAAGCCCUAAAAGCCAUGGCCAUGCCCUCACCUUGUUGCCUAGACCACUUUCAGUGCCUUGUGAUGCUUGUGGGGUAACUGAUGUGAAGGAUCCGGCUUAUGUUUGUCUCCCCUGUAACUACUUUGUCCAUCAGAGCUGCCUCAACUUACCACGGGUCAUUAAGCUCACUCGUCACCCCUGUCGUCUCUCCCACACUCCUUGCUUUCCCCAUGAGAAUAUGUGGUGUCAAAUCUGUUACCGAAAGGUGGAUGCAAAACACGGGGCGUAUUCUUGUAUAGAGGGCUGCCACUACUUCCUCCAUUCGAAAUGUGCAACGCGUAAAGAGAUUUGGGAUGGAAGAGAACUUGAAUGGGAAACCGAGGAAACUAGUGAAACCGAUGAUAUCAAGCCAUUCGAGGAGAUAGGUGACGGGGAAAUACUACAUUUUUCCCAUGAACACUCUUUACGGCUCAUCGAGGAGGACAGUAAUGUUCUUGAUGGGCACAAGCAAUGCCAAGCUUGCGUUCUCCCUACUGAUUCUGAUAAUUUCUACAGCUGUAUACAGUGUGGUUUCUUUCUCCACACAGCAUGUGCUGGUCUUCCUCGAAAGAAAGAGCAGACCUUGCACAAUCAUCCGUUGAUCCUAGAUCCGCUUCCUCGGCAUGACAGUCAUUCUAUGUCGUGUUCAACUUGUGGGCGAAUAACUUCUGGCUUCAUGUACAAGUGCGCCGACAAGAAUUGCCGUGAUGGGUUUCAGGUAGAUGUGAGAUGUGCUUCAGUUCUGGAUUCAGUUGUCCAUGAAUGCCAUCGACAUCCCCUAUUCAUCUGUCUUGGUUGGUCCCCCGAUAGAUCAUGCGGGUCUUGCGGCAAACAACAUUUAGAAAGUUAUCUCAAGUGUAUCGACGAAUGCGACUUUAUUUUGUGUUUUGAGUGCACUACUAUACCAACUGAGGUACGUUACAAGUAUGACAAGCAUCCACUCUUACUCUGUUGCGGUGAAGAAGAAGAAGAAGAAGAAGAAGAAGAAGCGGCAAGCUCGAGUUGGUGUGAGGUUUGCGAGAGGAAAUUAAAUCAAGGGGAAUGGUUUUACGGAUGCGAUAAAUGCAUGGUCACUGUCCACGUUCUAUGCGUAUUUGGGCAGUCUGUUUACAUGAAGGCUGGUCACUGUCUUAAUCUGUACGGUGGCGAGGUGAAAGUUGUUUGUAACAAUAGCAGCACCCGACCCGUUUGCAGUGUGUGCGGUCGACGUUGCUCGGAGAGAGUGUUUUUCGAGGUGAUAAAUGGUGGAUUUUUGUGUUCUUUGCAUUGUUCUUUGUGGGUGCAACUUGCUUCCCAGAUGCAAUCUACUUCUCUGGAAGGGCAACGACAGGAGAAAUGAAAUCCUAACCCAACCCAUGUGUGUGACCUGGCCCGGCUGAAAAAAACUAUACCUAAGACCACCCGUCGUUCCGAUGUCCUCCCCUCCCAGAAAACCCGUGCCUCGGCUCGAUUCUCGAGAGCUCGAACACGAGGUUUGGGUUUUCAUCGUCGUUCGACCCGAACUCGUGUUUAGCAGUGCUGUCGCACCUACGACCUAGGGCUGUGUGCGGGUGCUCGAGACCUUCUGAUUUUUGAAUACCUGAUUUCGCGGGUACCUGGAAAGUUUUUUUUUAUAAUCGAGCUCAGACUAAUCUCGGGGUCGAGAGUCAACCAUGUGAUUUG